GGCUCUCUGCUGGCUGGAAUAAACACGCUCUUUACGAGAUUCAUCUGACUAUUCAUCAUUGCGUCUACAAAAUCUACAAAGGUGAAGAAAAAACGAGGGGAAAAAACACACCGUAAUGCUACAGAAAUGCAUCCAGAACAUAUCCGUAGUGUAAAGCGGCCCCGAGGUCUUUGUAUCUUGUACGGUGUCACUGAGUAGGAGGGAUCGCCUUCAGCACACACCAGUAUACGUAUUGCUAUAUGAUGUUAGAAAAGUAGAAGGGAUUUCCCUCACAAUACCGGUAGAACAGGAAAAAAUAUAUAAAGUAAACAAAGUCAAACAAUCGCUGUGCACAACGACACUCAAAAAGGAGGAAAUGAAACUAUCUGUACAGCAGAAGAGCCGCAACACUUCUACAGAGAUCUCUUUGAAAUAAUUCUGAGAAGAACACUUUGAUGGUCAUCAUCUGUCAGAUCGGAGAAGAAAAAUGGAAGGUAAUGAUGAAGGCACAUGGACUAAAUUCAAGUGCAAGUUGAUGUCAGGAAUGUGGAGUAUUGUUCCUCGAUUCAUUUCACGGCAACUUUCAAGCUCAAUGCCAGGAACUUCAGAAGAAACCGAAGAAACCUCAAUUGAAAAGAGAGCACCCAAACGGAACCUAGACCAACCAGAACAAGCUACUCCAAGCAACAAGAAACUAAGAUACAACAAUCCUGAGCCAGAACUUUGCAUCAAAAGGACCAACUUUCAUCAUCUAGCAGAAAAAAUUAACAUGGAACCUCACCUGACUUCAAAAUUGACUCUGACGGAUAUCCUGAGCAUUGGCUUAGAGAACGUGCAUGACGAAUCACCGAAAACUGUAGAGGAUCUUCCCUGGAAUUACUUAAGGAAACUCAUGGCCUCAAACAGGACUGCAAGAGACAUUCUGCUUGAGAAAGAUCAGUCUACUGGUUUUGAUGUAUAUGAUAAUGGUGAUGAUGAUGAUGAAAACCUAUUUAGUGCUUCUAUGGUUUCAGGUGGUAAUUCAUUUAUCUCCAUUCACCCCCUGGAUGUCCUGUGUCUCCUCCUUCAUUGCUCAGAUAGUUUUCUCCAACAAGAGAUUGUAACCAAAUUGUCCAUGUGUCAGUUUGCCGUCCCUCUGUUGCUCCCUGCUGGUGACGGGUCACACUGCACCCUUAUGCUUUGGGCAAUGAGGGACAUUGUGAAGAAGUGGAGACCUCAGUCAUUAGCGGACAGUAAAGGGUUCAGAGAAGAAAAUGUGGUGAAUACUUCCAUGCCAAUCUUUUCUUUUGUCAAAUUGGGAAAAAGCAAGUUAUCCAAAUCUAAAACCCUGAACCAAAUUCUUAAUCCAGCUCAGCUACAUAAUAACUUCUUCAUACAUGACAAUAUGGAUGGAGGAAACAUUAAGAGGAAAAUAUCUGAUGGACUGGUGGAAAUGUCCUGGUAUUUUCCCUGUGGUAAGUCUGAUGUUUUCCCAGAACACAUCGCAGUGACCAACCUACGAGGAGACCUGGAGGCCAACUGGGACCAGUUCACGUUUCUGACAAGAAUUUCAUCAGCUGUGUUUAUAUUCAUUGAGGAUAUUUCUGAGAGGGAAUUCAGAUUGCUAUCAUCCUGCCCAACCACUGACACCCAGUAUUACUUUAUUGUUACUACUGGUCCCAGCAAAACCUUGAGUACACAUACACAGAAGACCCUUAAAGACUUAAUGCCAGUUCUAAAGUUGAAAAAAUCAAAUAUAAUAAUACAUGAAGGCAUGGCAAAUGAGGCAGCAUUUGUAAAAAAACUACGAAGUACUAUCGUUUGCUUCUUAAACAGUAAGCCAAAAGAAAAGAAAAUGAGAGACCUUGAGGAAGAAACUCAUGGAUUGGACAUCCAAGUGGAUGAGAGAGUUCUUGAAUGUCAGAAGGCCAGGGAACAUGCCAGGAAAAUUACAGAAGAAAUAACAAAUGUUUCCGAGUACAAAAAGAACACUAUGAAGUUACAGGGAGAUCUCUGGAGACAGUUAUCUGAAGUGGAGAAGGAACUUUGCAGAAUGACAAGGCAAGGUGGUAAAGACACACAACAAUAUCAAGAUGAACUGAGAAAGAAACUUAUUUCACUACAUGAGGAACAACAUAAGCAACACCUACCCCAUGGUUUAAUGCUCUUUAUUGACGCAAUCACUGAUUUAUCUAAGACUGAGAAACAAUAUUUUCUGAAAUGGAUGAAAUUUGAUCUUAAUUCACUUACUAGAGAUCAUCUUUCUAAUCUUCAAGCUGAAUACAAAGAAAAAUAUAACAAUAACUUAAGUAAUAGGGAUGAGCUCAGACAGAUAGACCAGAAAAUCUCUGACAGUUCUUUAGCAAUUGAACAUUUCCUACGUGUGAUGGAACAGUUUUAUGAAGCUGAAUGUUCCAUGGUUAAAGAAAAAAAAAUAGAUAAAAGACAAUUUAUUAGACUACCGGGAAUUGCUGCUGAUCUCUUGUUAGAUGGUUUCCCAUUAGAGCUGAUAGACGGAGAUGCCUCCAACAUUCCCCUACAGUGGAUAACUGAUGUUUUAAAUGAGCUGGACUCCAAAACAGGGACAAAAUGCAGAAUGAGAGUAAUCACUGUGCUGGGAGUGCAGAGUACGGGGAAAUCCACUCUUCUCAACACCAUGUUUGGUCUGCAGUUCCCGGUGGCCAGUGGAAGAUGCACACGAGGAGCCUUCAUGACUCUUCUUAAUGUGAAAGAGAACUUCCAGGAGGAGCUGGGCUGUGACUUCAUCCUGGUGAUUGACACUGAGGGGCUGAAAGCUCCAGAGUUGGCUUCCUUGGAGGACAGUUAUGAACAUGACAAUGAACUGGCCACACUAGUGGUUGGGUUGAGUGAUAUCACCAUCAUCAAUAUGUCCAUGGAAAAUACAACAGAAAUGAAGGAUAUUUUACAGAUUGUGGUCCAUGCUUUUCUUAGGAUGAAAGAAGUAGGGAAGAGACCCAACUGCCAGUUUGUACAUCAGAAUGUGAGCGAUGUGUCCGCUCAUGACAAGAACAUGAGAGACAGAAAGAAGCUUCUAGAACAGCUAGAUGAAAUGACAAAAGUAGCUGCAGAGAUGGAAAAGAAAAGUGAGAUAAGAACUUUCAGUGAUGUGAUGGACUACAACCUGGAGAAAGGCAACUGGUACAUUCCCGGGCUCUGGCUUGGGGUCCCACCAAUGGCUCCAGUAAAUUCUGGGUACAGUGAACAUGUGUCCGAAUUAAAAAAAUAUUUAUUAGAACUAAUGACAAACAAAGAAUCUCUGCACAGGCCUUUAACUAUUCCUGAAUUUAUAACAUGGAUAGAAAGUUUAUGGAACGCUGUAAAACAUGAGAAAUUCAUCUUCAGCUUCAGGAACAGUUUGGUGGCAGAAGCUUAUAAUAACCUGUCUAUACAAUACUCACAGUGGGAAUGGGAGUUCAGAAAGAUUGUCCAUGAUUGGCAGAUCCGUACAGAGACAAACAUUAAGAAUCAGACUGCAGAGAUUCUAAGUGAUGAACUUUGCUCCAAAUUUAAGAAAGAGCUCAACAAUUUGUUGAUUAGUAAAGAAAGUAAAAUGUCAGAAUUGCUGGAAAAAUACUUUAACAAUAAAAAUGAAAAUGUUCAUCUAAUAGAACGAUACAAACAAGACUUCAUUCUGAGCACAACAUCCCUGAAGGAGGAAUUGAAAAGAAAUUCUCUUGUGAAGUUUGAUGAGUUUGUUUCAAUUCAGAAAGGAAAAUUAAAGAUUCAGAAUAUCAAAAAUGAUUACCAGAAAUCUAUAGAAGGUAAAAUCACAGAUCUCCUCAAGAGGUGCCGAGAGAAGAAAAAAAAGCUUAAUGAUGAAGAGUUAAAGAAGGAAUUUCAGGAGAUGUGGAAGAAAACACUGACAGAUUUAGAGAUUGGAGAAUUAAACACAUGUAUUGUCAGCAAAUCUAUGUUACGGCAGCUAAUGAAUGACACAAGCAAUAAAGGACCAGCUUUAAAUGAACACUUACUGGGUGUGAAGGACUUGGCAGAUAUCACACAAUCUGAUUUCAAGAUGGACGAAAAAUAUAUUGAGAGUAAAUGGACCAAGAAACUGAAAGAUACAGUUUUAGAUAAAUUUGGUCUUAGGUACAAUGAACAUUUUGACAAAAUAAAUGUUUUUGCUCGUUCUCUUAUAGAUAACUGUAACACAUAUAUCAGAGGGAAGGUGGAAACUGGAGAGGACUAUAGUGACAACUACUGCCUGGAAUUACUUAAUAUGAUCAAUACAGAGAUUUGUAAACAGUCCAGAAAUCUUCAUUUGUCCUCAUGGUUUGAACUGGAUAUGAAGAUUCACAUUCUUGGAAAAGCUUCCAGAGAGUUCCAGAAGAUGCAUGAUAAAUUCAUUAAAGAGAACAAUCCAAAGCUGUGUUUGGAGAAAUUAAAGCCUGGAUAUUUAGUAACCUUUAUCGGCAUAUUUCAAGAGAAAGUUUUUUGUCAGACUAAAGCCCAAGAAUUCUGUGAGCGGUGUCUAAAACCAGCAAUGAUGGAUCAUGUUUUCCACCAUCUGGGGCAGAAAAUAGUGGAUGGAGUAGUGGAAUGUUCAGACAAGAAAUUCAAGAGUAGAACAUUCUUUCAAGAUUUUUUACUGCAGGAGCUACUGAAAGAAAUGUCCUUCCAGAAAUAUGUCAUCUAUAUGGGUCACUAUGAGGAAUAUACAAAAGCCUGGAUACUGAAUCACACUGAAACAUAUGCAAAGCCACAGGUCCUAAAACCAUUACACGAAAUUCUGCUCUCUUCAUUGGAUAAAAACAUAAGAGCAGCUCUUAAUGAAGAAAACUCUCUUAGAAGUUCAACAGUCUCAUAUUUUCUGAAAAGUGUAUGUGAGAUACUAAAGGAAGAAUUAGUGAUCCCCCAGAAUGAGAUGCAAGCGGUUGCUUUCCUGAACACGACUGAUGUUGGUCAAUUUUCAUCUGACAUUCAGCUCUUCCUCCGAGAUACAGAAACAGAAGUCUUAUCAGAUCUGCAAUCUAUGGAUAUAAAGUCUGUACUCUCCAGGGUGACGGUGAAGCCUCAGGAUGUAUUGUUCAGGAAGGUUGUUGGCUGUGGGAAGCGAUGUCCAUUCUGUAAUGUCCCCUGUGAGGCGGGAGGUGAUGAACACAAGGAGCACUUUUCUACCAUCCACAGACCCGAAGGACUGGGAAGAUACAGGAAUAGUAUUACUGGAAUUUUGGUCACGCAUAUAUGUAGUACAGCUGUUGUAUCUAAUAGAACAUUUAAAAAUCCAGCCACAAAAUACAAAUCACAUCCAUACAAAGAUUAUCGUACCAUUUAUCCAGAUUGGGCCAUCCAACCAGAUCCCAGUAUCGAGUCAUCAGAUUACUGGAAAUAUAUUUUUCUGAUGUUUAAUGAGAAAUUUGCUGAAGAAUACAAUGCAAAACCAGCAGAAAUACCAGAGGGCUGGAAGUCCAUCACAAAAGAAAAAGCUCUGCAAAGCUUAAAGAAAAUGUUCAAUAGCUAAACAGAGAAGACAAACCAACAACGAGAAAAUGCCCGGAGCAAUGAGUGAAAAGAAUAGGCGGAGGGCUUGCAUGACAGUGUGAACAGGGGACUGGUAGAUGUUAGGGACAGCAUGAUUGGCCAAGGAAGUGGGGGGCGGAGGAAGGGAGGUUAGAAAAGGGGAUGGAGCCCGCCCCCGGGACAAUCACCGCGUGGAGCAAAGUUCCUGCCCACCCUCCCCUUAAUGUUAUUCGUGUCUGUGUGUCUAGUUUGUGUUCGUUGCGUGUUUUGUUCUGUUUGUUUAUUGCACAGGUGCCUUUUGGAGGUGUGUCGUGGCAGUGGGUGUUGGUCUCUGCGGGGGAAGGAUGAUACCUCAAAAAGCAGUUUUAAGGACCUGUCGGUGAUAUGGGUCCGGAGUAGGGUUGUCCCGAUACCGAUAACAGUAUCGGUAUUGGGACCGAUACCGAGUAUUUGCGGGAGUACUUGUACUCCCGCAAAGGCCCCCGAUGUCUGAAUAGAAUACUUGCCCCCCCGCCGCCGCGGCGUUAAUCAGCGCUGUAAUGCACGCUGAUUAAUGCGGCAGAAGCUGCGGCAUCAUCAUCAUCUACUAGGUAUGUGGGACAUGGCUGGAUUUAUGUGGGGGGGACAUGGCUGCAAUAUAUGGGGGGACAUGGCUGGAUAUAUGUG